CUCUCUCCGUCGCCUGCCUCUCCGUCACUUCCAAAGACCAAACAAAACUCGAGUAGAGGAGAGAGAUAGAGAGAGAAGGGGAGGGGAAAAAAUUGGAAGCCCUAGAUUUUGGCGGGUUGGCUACGGCGAGGUGCGGGGGAGGGGUCGGGGUCGGGAUCGGCGGGCGGAUCCGGUGGGUGGAGGAGGUUGGGCGGCGAGAUCUAUGCGGUGGGGAGGGGAGGGGAGGAGGAGGAGGAGGGGAGCGGGGUGAGAGGGGAGGAGGAGGUGGUGGAUGGCGGAGGCGGCGGGUUCGUCGUCGUCGUCGUCGGCGUCGGCGGUGGUGGUGGCUGUGGUGAUUGCGGUGGUGGUGGUGGUGUGGGUUGUGGUGCGGCGGAAGGUGAGGCGCGCCGCGGCGCGGAGGGAGGAGGUGCUGCGGCUCACGCGGCUGGCGCAGGAGGAGUCGGAGAUGGCGGAGGUGGAGUGCGCGCGCGCCUACUACUCGGAGCUGUUCCCGAGCGUCGUGCACGCGACGGAGAUGGUGGAUGAGGCGGCGUGGGGGGCGCCGCCGGCCGUGGUUCCGGCUCAGGCGGAGGCAGAGGCGGAGAUGGAGGCCCGGGCCCAGCCGCAGCCGCAGCCGCCGGUGGGUGCCAAGGGGGUCUGCGCGGUGUGCUUCCGGCCGACGACGUUCAGGUGCAAGCAGUGCAAGGCUGUCAAGUACUGUUCCUUCAAAUGCCAGAUAGCCCACUGGAGACAGGGUCAUAAAAAUGAAUGCCGCCCACCAAGCACUGAUGCUAAUCAUGAUGAUGUGGCUGAACUUUCUGUUGCAAAGGAAAGGAAAAUUGAGCAGACAAGUGCUUCUGAAGAAAACAUAGCUGAAACCAACACGGCAGCCACCGUGAAGAAUUUAAAUGAUAAAACAAAAGAUAUGCCCUCAGAAGUACUUGCUUCGGUGGAGGUUCCUGAUGAUGACCAUUCUGUCAGUGCGGUCAAACUCCCUCAAAGUUCUUCACAAGUAGCUUCUCUUGGCAGUAGAAAGACAGAAUCAAAUAUGAAACCUACAACUCCUGUUGAAAAUGGUUCUUACACAAAGGACUUAGAUGAGGCGUUGGUGUGUAGAUUUCAACCUUCUCCACCAAAGAUUAGUGGCUCUGGAAGUCUUAUCAACAAAGAGUCCUUAAUUGAUUCCAAGAAGCACCAGGAUUGCUCUCAAACUAGUAACAGCAAAAAAUAUGCAGAUAACAACAAUGCUCAAGCUGCUCUACCUGUUGCAGUAGAACCUAAAACUUCCAGGACUGCUCUUCAUGUGGAAGUUGGACACUCCAAGACAAAAGCUGCUGGCUCAGACAACAUUGGUGUGUCAAAAAUGGUGCCAUCUGUUUUGACUGUUGAUAAAGUUUCUCCUGUUCCCGGUGGACGUUCUGUUACACCUAAUUCAUCAAAAAGGGCUGAUAAUAUUGCUGAAAGGAAUUCUAAACCAUCAGAGAAAUCAAUUUCAACAGCAAAUAGCCUGGCAACAUCUCUGAAAAAAAUUGUCAGGCAGCAAACAGCACCAAAAGUUGUGAGGCAUUAUCCAUCAGAGCCAACACAUUUUCCAUAUGAGCUUUUCAUUAAGCUCUAUGAAAAGGUUGAAUUGCAACCGUUUGGUCUUCAUAACCUUGGCAAUAGUUGCUAUGCAAAUGCUGUUCUUCAGUGCUUAAUGUUUACCCGACCACUUACAUCAUAUCUUUUGGGAGGGCUUCAUUCAAAAAAUUGUUCCAAAAAGGAAUGGUGCUUCAUGUGUGAAUUUGAAAAACUCGUUGGGGAGGGCAGACAAGGCAAGAUUGCUUUGUCACCAACUGGGAUACUCUCUCAUUUGCCUGACAUUGGAAGUAGCUUUGGUCCUGGUAAACAAGAAGAUGCUCAUGAAUUCCUUAGGUACGCCAUUGAUGCUAUGCAAUCUGUAUGCAUGAAGGAAGCCAGGAAAAGCGGCACUCAUCGGUUACACGAAGAAACAACACUUAUGCAAUUAAUAUUUGGGGGCUAUCUGCGAUCUAAGAUAAGAUGCACAAGAUGUGAUGCUACUUCCGAGCAACAUGAGCGUAUUUUGGAUCUUACUGUUGAAAUAGAUGGCGACAUCAGUUCACUGGAAGGAGCACUUGAGCGAUUUACAUCUACAGAAGUCUUGGAUGGAGAUAAUAAAUAUAAAUGCAGCAGAUGCAAAUCGCAUGAGCGCGCUAAAAAGAAGCUGACAAUAUCGGAAGCACCAAAUGUCCUGACUAUUGCGCUGAAAAGAUAUCAGUCUGGAAAGUUUGGAAAGAUCAACAAAGCCAUCAGAUUUCCAGAGACCUUGAACUUGCAGCGCUAUAUGAGCCCAAAAGCUGAUGACACUUCCCCUGUUUACAGCCUGUAUGCAGUGGUUGUCCAUCAUGAUAUUAUGAAUGCCGCCUUUUCUGGUCAUUAUGUAUGCUAUGUGAAGGACACGCAUGGGAAGUGGUACAAAACAGAUGACAGUCAGGUCAAACCUGUAUCUCUGGAAAAUGUCAUGUCGAAGUGCGCAUACAUGCUGCUCUAUGCAAGGUGUUCACCAAGAGCUCCAAGCUCUGUAAGGCCAGCGCUGAUGGCUCAAGAUCCAGCACGUGUAAAGAAGGACAAGGCAAGGGUAAAUUCAGGACGGUGGCAUGGAGGAGGUCCCAUACACCAAGGUGGUCAGAUGUACGCAGAUCACAUGACAGAUGAUUUGCCCCAUACAUAUGACGAGUUUGGACAUGGACCAUAUUCGCCAGCAGAAUCUCCUAGUCCAAGUGAGAGUUCAUCAAUUUUCACCAGUUCCGACACAGGGUCACAUAGCACCGACAGCAGUGAAAGCACUAGAAACUCUACCAGUGAGGAUAUGGAACGCCUCAUAUUUGGUGAUCAAGUUUCAUACUUUGAUGGCUCUAUGUUCGGACAUGGGGAAAACGGCCGUAUGACUUAUUCCCGAUCAAAGUCUAGCUUGGGUACCAGUUCAUCGGGUCAAGAGGUGGAUCAGUAUAGGCCUGACGAGCACAGGCUUCAGGGUGCCAGGGAGGGUUGGAAUCAGGGCGAUGAAAGUUCUUCCUUGUAUACUAACCAAAGUAAACAUCAAUUUAGUAGUAAGUUAACAGAACAAUAUAGGAGGAGGUUAGAUGGGACUGAGCAUGAUCCUGGAGAAGCCAAUAGUGUUUUAUUGAGGAGAUCGGCUAGGGAAAGGACGGCCCAAACAUUUUAUUGACAUGUGGAGGGUUUGGGUUGUAGAGGUAUAAUAAUGUAGGAUGUAUUAUUACCCCACUGCAAUGAAAAAGGAAAAAAUGGCUCAGUUUGUAGAUAA